CAGUGGUAAUGAAGGAUGGUGCACAGAACAACCUAUUCAGCGGACAAGGCAUGGAAAAUAAAUACUGUUGGAACCAGUAAUGCAGAUGUCCCUUUGGCUGAUCCCGGAAUGUACCAGUUGGAUAUUACAUUAAGAAGGGGUCAAAGUUUAGCUGCCCGAGAUAGAGGAGGGACUAGUGAUCCAUAUGUGAAGUUUAAAAUUGGAAGAAAAGAAGUUUUUAGAAGUAAAAUAAUACACAAGAACCUCAAUCCUGUAUGGGAGGAAAAAGCUUGCAUCCUGAUUGAUCGUCUUAGGGAGCCAUUGUAUAUAAAGGUAUUUGACUAUGAUUUUGGACUGCAGGAUGACUUUAUGGGCUCAGCGUUUCUGGAUCUCACUCAAUUGGAGUUAAAACAG